AUGGACCUCAGUCUUCAAGGUCUACAGGGCCUUAUCAGAACCGGUACACUGUCGUCCACCCUCCCACCCAGGCAGGCUCGGAUUACUCUUGGCACUUUGGGUGCUCUAGGAAUCAUCCUCGCAUUAAACCAACUACUCAAUCGUGUUGCACUUCACAACUCAUCAUGGAAUAGCCGUUGGGAUUGGCGAAGGGAAAUUGUCCUUGUGACUGGCGGAAGCAGUGGCCUCGGCGAUUUGACACCACUUCCAGCCAAUGUUCAGUUUUAUGAGAUGGACGUCAGCUCUCCAGAACAAGUUCAGCGAGUUGCCAAACUCAUUCGCGAAGACGUUGGAGAGCCAACUGUGCUAGUAAACAAUGCAGGGAUUGGCACCAUGAAGACAAUACUCCAGGGGACGGAGGAGGAGACUCGCCGCACCUUUGACGUUAAUAUUCUUGCUCUGUUUACCCUAGCGAGAGCAUUCAUUCCCAGUAUGAUCGAAAAAAACCAUGGACAUGUCAUCACCAUUGCGAGUAUGGCAAGCUUCAUAACAAUCCCAUCAAAUGUCGACUACAGUUGCACCAAGGCUGCAGCCCUCGCAUUUCAUGAAGGACUUGCUCAGGAGCUUAAGCAUCGAUAUAACACUACAAAUGUGAAGACCAGUAUCAUCCAUCCAACUUUUGUACGCACUCCUUUGCUCGAGGAGCAUUUGCAAAAGGGCCCUUUCAAAGAUCAACUUCUUGAUCCAAACAUCGUCACUGAUGCAAUAGUGACGCAAAUUUUGAGAGGAAAGAGUGGCCAGGUAUUUCUACCAAAUUCCCAUAGCUUCAUUUCUGGAAUUCGUGGAUUUCCAGUUUGGCUACAGGAGUUAUUGAGAAGCUCAAGGGCGGAUGUUCUCCGGGCUUAA